AUGGGCUUCGAUCAUCUUGAAACAAGUGACCAGGCCUUGAAUGGACCUACUUUCUCGCAGCCCACAUCUAUCCCGGCCUCCUUCUACGGAAGUAGCAUCAGUCAGUUCUCCGGCCUCACAAGAUAUGCUUCCGUUCGAGACAGCGACUUGCAGAGCGUUGCAUCUUCCGACGAUACUGCGAGCGUGGCCGAGUCGGUCUUCUCCGACAACCAAGAUGCCCAGUCGAUAGUUUCUUCUCAGUCCAGUUACAGCUCGGCUGGGUCGGACUCGUCUGAGGAGGGUAGCGAUGGUGAGAAUACAUCCAUUACUGGUCGAGCAAACUUUGUCAAGCCAAUUUCCAACAAUCACACUGAUCAGCGAGAGGAGCUGUUGUCUGGUCUAUCAUCAGAGACGCUUCCGUUUCGCACACUACCACCGCCCAAGAAGCACGAAGCUUCUCAGAGCUCAACCCUCCAGCAAGCAAAUAAUGUGCCUCCGGUCUCUCAAGCUACGAACCCUCCACGACUCAAGAGAGAUACCGACUCGUCCGACUGCUUUGUCGGUCAAUUAAUCUCAUUCGCAACAAGACUCAUAACGGCUAUCUGGCCUAAGUCAGGCUGUCCGCCGCUGAUGUCAAGUUCGUUCAAUGGAGCUGGAGUACUUCCUUUGGAAGUGUUCAUCCACGAAACUCUGCGUCGCUCAAAGACCAGCUUUUCAACAUUACAGGUGGCGCUCUGGUAUCUGGUGAUGCUUCAAUCCCAAAUGCCUGCUGAAGGCCAGAAUGGAACAUCUGAUUGUCGUGCCAUGGACUGUGGCCGCCGCAUGUUCCUUGCAGCCCUUAUGCUUGCUUCCAAAUAUCUACAAGAUCGCAACUACUCUACCAGAGCCUGGAGCAAAAUAUCUGGACUGCGUAUGUGUGAGAUUAACGAGAAUGAGAUGCAUUAUCUCAAAGCGAUCAAUUACAGUCUUCACAUGAAGAAAGAUGUCUUCGACAAUUGGCAUCGUCUGGUUCUUAGCCUCAGCAAGCUAUCUCGGGCAAAGCCAGGCUGUCCUAUAUCUGGCUGGCGCACGUCCGGGUCCGGCCAUUCAAAUGCACUCGCAGCUAUGGUUUCUGAGGAUUCUCAGCCUGGACUAGAACUGUUCACUUGCCAAUGGUGGCAAGAUGUGCUGAAGCAGCUCAAUCCGCAAAUCUGUCAGGAUGCCGCUAGUACCGAGGGCUUCCUCCACAAGGUUCUCCCGCAGAGCAUCAUCAACGAUCCGCGCAUGGACUUGUCGUCUACCGUUGGAACAACUGGAUUUACAGCAGACUCGCCCUUCAGUGACGCUUCUCCGGUGAAAGGCUUCCAAUCAGCAAGCUCGACUCCAAUCGAGUAUACUCAGAGCCCAGCCGAGGCGUCGACAGCAUUGCCUCUGCAACCACAUUUGCGCAACCUUCCUACCCCCGUUUCGACGCCCAGGCCAAACGAUGGUUAUCACCCCUGGCUGUUAAAAUCUGACCCGAGCGCACCAAGCCUGCGAUGCUCUGCAUCUGUUGAUGCUUUCCGUAAUGUCCGCAAGCAAUGCCUCGCCAACGCCAAUCUCGACAAAUGUCCGCCACCGCGACCACAAUCAUACCAUUGCGCCGGCGCUCGACCAGCUGUGUCGAGCCAUUUCAAUCCUUUCCCACUGCCGUCACCUGCAACCUCAUUAUCCAGUGGAAGGUCGCGUUCAUCAUCCAUCUCAUCAACAUCAUCAUGGUCACCGAGUUCGGCGAUCAUGCCUGGUGUUGAUCAACUGCUACCGUACAGAACGCAGGAACCGUCGCCACUCACCCGAGUGGUAUCGAUGCCAGAAUCGAGACAUCCCGCCAAGUUCAAUGGUGAGCAUCCUUUACGUCGCAAACCGCAAUGCUCGGACAUUGCUAGCGCAAGAUCACACGCGGCAGCCCAUGCUCGGAGUCAAGUCCACAAAGCGUCGCACAGCUCGGCUGUAGCUGCCGACGUCAAUCCUCAGAACAAGAAUGUGGACGAUCAGAUCGCCGAAGCGCUCGUGCAGAUGGCUCGUGAACGUCAGGCGGCAGCCUCGCGGGCUAGAGCAUCUUGUCUCGAGACAAGAGGCCACAAGCGCACCAUAUCCACGUGCAAUGAGCGUAAUGCCGAGAACACGAAACCUGUACAACAGGAACUCGCCGCUGCAGGAAGUACAUUGAGCGAAUCUCGCAUAUCAACACCAACGUCUCUUGCGGACUUGCACAAAGGUUGGCAGUUUCCCGCGAAGUCGUGGGCCACGCCAAAGAAGCCUAUGUGCGGACCAUUCGAUCACAAACGAACGGCACUCUACUGUGAUUCCAAAGACACUGUCAACGAGUCUGCCGCAUCAAAAUACGCAGCACUGUAUCUGCGAGACACAACUGUCUUCGCAUAG